AUGCGUGAUGACUUCCGGACAGAAAUGACGAGAAUCAGGGCCGAGAUAACUCGCAAUGUGGAUAUGGUCAAUGCACACGUCCGGGCCCUGGAUCAAAGGCUUCGUAUCAUAAGCCAGAGUGUUUCGACCGCCGAAGGAUAUCCAAUCGUCUUGCGCCAACAAUUUCAUGCGAUCGACGUGAAACUGAACGCUCUUAACGACGACUCUAUCACCGCACAAGGAAAACUCGACCGUAUCAGUCACGCUCUCACAGCGACAAAUGAUGCCAGUACUCUGGCAGGAUGCGUCAAUGUCGUGAAGCGGAGCCUCACGGCGGCAAACGGCAACCCCAUCAUCCUUCAUGAACAGCUGGACCCUAUCAGCCAGGCACUGACCAACAGCGACGACCCCCACACGGUGACCGCGCGCCUUGAGACGGUUACGCGCAGCCUCACAGCCGCAGACGGUAAUCCUGUGCUUCUGCGUGAGUCACUUGAUACCAUCAAUCGAGCACUCACAAACCACGACGAUGUGACCACCGUAGCUGGACGUCUCAAGGUGGUCAAGCGGAGCUUAACGCCUGCCAACGGGAAUCCCAUCAUCCUCUAUGAACGACUAGAUGCCAUUCAUCGAGUCCUCACAGACUGGGCCGAUACGAAUACCAUGGCGGGACGCCUGGAGACGGUCAGGCAAAGCCUUACGACUGCAGAUGGUAACCCUGUCUCCCUUUACAAUAUUGAUCGGAGAGUCACCACGGUCACACGGGUCCUCAUGGAUGAGGACGAAGGGCUGAUGGCUCGGUUUAAUACUAUCCGCCAAACACUUGCAGACCCCGGCGAUCCUACUACUGUAGCCGGACGACUGGAGACGGUCAGGCGGAGCGUGACGACCGCCGACGGGAAUCCGGUGAUCCUCCAUGAACGACUCGACACCAUCAGCGAAGAACUCACAAAUCGGGACGCCGUAGAUACCGUGGCCGGACGCCUGGAGUGGGUCGGACGGAUCCUGACCACCGAGGAUGGGGAGCCGAUCCUCUUACAACAAUACCACCAUGACACUCGGCGACGUCUCGAGGAGGUUUUCCGGCCGCUUCAAACAGAGCUUCGAGCAGGCCACUUUAAUAGCGCCGCCCGCGCGGUUAAUGCGAAGAUUACCUGCUGCACGACGCCCAUCUACCCCUUUCACGGCGUCAACAAUCAGCGAAUACCAGGGUUCCCCCCCACGUACCUUCACCUGAAAGGACUCAAUGUGGCGCCAGCAGGCUUCAAGGCGGGGGAAGACGUGUAUGGCGAAGGAGAUGUAUACUUUAGACAAGCGCAGUGGCCUAUUGAUCCCAGUGUCAAAACCAUCGAGCACAUUCAUCAGGAGUAUGGCGACAAGGGAGAUGUGGGUGUCGCUGCCGCGUAUCUUGAACGAGAUUGUACUAAAGUCCUGACUCCCGUCAAUGUCGUGGGGAGCCUGUGGCGGCAACUUAUGGGUUCGAGAGCUCCUAUCUCUGACCGAGUAGCCGACAUAUUCAAUGAGAACCGCCCUGACUCCAAGCAGCCGGGCAUUGAAGAAAUGACAGAGUUGCUGAAGGAAAAGCUGAGCAGUUUCGACCGUUGUUUCAUCAUCAUUGAUGGCCUAGACGGAUACUAUGACAGUGAGGCCGAGCAGAUACUACUGCUUGAGACACUGUUCGCAUUAAUCGAUCAUGUCAACAUUCCGGUGACAUCUGACAGAACAGACCGAGAGGAGAUGUCUGAAGGCCUACAUUUCACUGUGACUGUCCAAGCCCGAGAAGUUGAAGAAAUGGUUCAUGGCGAAUUGACGUCGCUCUCGCAAGAUCAGCUCUUGUCCUGGAGCGUGAAUGAUGCAGCCAGCAAGAUCUCAAAAGCGACAGGCAAUUGCUGGCUGCUUGCCAAUUUACGUCUUGAUCGAAUUCGAUCUGUCAACAGCGCCGCAGAGGGCGACGUGAUAUUGCAUGAUCCACCCCAAACGCUACCUGAGGCGCAUUUGAAGGCGACUGCCAGUGUAAAGGAACAGCCUCUGGCAAGGCAGCAGAUGGCCAGCAAGGAUCUGAAGGCAGCUUGUGCCCAUCUCACCCUUGUCGAUGAAGACCGAGACGUCAUCAGGUUCAUCCAUCCCUCAACAAGAAGCUUCAUAUCAUCAAGCAGCCUCGUGGGUAGCACGGACGCCAAUCUAGCCCUGGCUCAAGAUUGUCUCGAGUAUCUUCUGCAUCCUCAAUUUGAAGAUCCAUUCCAGCUGCGAAAAAGUCAAAUGCGAGUCACGGUGAAACGAUAUCCUUUCCUCGCAUACGCAGCCAUGUGCUGGGCGGAGCACUGUUGCAAAGCUGAGGCGAGAUCUUCGUCGCUGGACGACAACAUCGCCGAGCUACUCAAUGAUCCACCGAAGGUGGCAUUCUUGCUAGACGUAGUGGACUUCUGCAAAGUCGGCGGCGGACGAGGCGCGGCCGACAUGGCCCGUGGAGCUUCGGGCCUCUGGAUCGCCGCCUCCUGCGGGCUAGAGGUCGUUGUACAGAAACUCCUAGAUCUCGGAGCCGAGGUGGACGCGAAAGACACGUCGCCGAAGCUGUCUCCUCCGGAGCAGGCGGUCCGGCGAGAGCAUUUCGGCACGACAUCGUUGCUGGUCGAGGCCGGAGCGGCAGCGACUGGCAUUGAUCUCCACUUCGCGGCGUACCAUGGGCAAGCGAAGUUGGUGCACCGCAUGCUCGAGCGUGGAGCGCCUGCCAACGUCCGUCCGAGCGGAUCGACGAGGUGGAAUCCGGUUGAAGUAGCAUUGCUGCACGAACAUACCGAGACUGCGAGUGUCCUGUUUGAUUUUGGGGCAAAGUUCCAGGGCCCGAUUCAGUUUAUCGACAUGUGGGACAUGAUGCUCCCGACGGUUCUGAAUGCGGCCUGCCGACAUAUUGUCCUGUGCCUUCGCAUCUGCCUUCAGGCUAUCCCCGAGGAUGAUGGGAUACUCUUGACUGGCGAGGAUCCACCAGGCCUGAAGGCUUGCUCGGCUGGAUGGCAGGCGAUGCCAUGGUGCUUCGCGGGUCUCUAUCAGUCCUUGAACCUUUGUUUUCGAAAGGCCACGGUCUCCGAUGCGACGCCAAUGGAUAGUGUCUUCCGCGCGGCUGGGAGUGCUCUUCGAUGCCAGCAGCUGGACCACUUUGACUAUAUCGUGGACAAAUACCUUGAUAUCAACUACCUUUAUCGGGGCUCAGAUGGGCUCCUUUCGUUGGCGGUUGAAGCCGGGUAUCCGAGAGUGGUUGAGAAGCUUCUUGUGGCUGGCGUGAAGGUGAGAACGAUGGACUUGCACGUCUCGGUGUCGGGUGGAAACAAAGACGACGACUCCAAGUCCCUCUUCCACAGCCUUCUGAGCAAAAUCGACGACCUGAAUGCCUUGGACGGCUUGGAGCUGGAGACCUUACUCGCAGUAGAGCCUGAUGUGGCACGACGACCGGUGAAUGCGACCCAGCUGAUUCCGUUCUGCAUCCGGAAGAAAUAUGACUUCAACGAAGACGCCAUCGAAUUGACCGCCGAGUUAGAGUCCAUCAUCCACAUCCUCACCGCCAACGGGGCAGACUUCAACGCGCCGGUGGAGGAGACGAUGCCGUUGCCCAUGGCCGUGGCGAAGGAGUCGGAGGGCCUGGUGAAGCUCCUGCUGCUCAAAGGGGCAGACCCCAACGGCCGUGGUUGGCAAGGACUUACCGUUUUGCAUGAAGCAGUUCAGAAGAAGAACGCGGAAAUCGUUGAGAUGCUGCUCGAUCACAAAGCACGGCCAAACGUCGUGGACCACCACGGACACGCGUCUCUGCAUGAUGCCAUUGCGAGCGGUCUCUCAGAGAUCGCGAUCCAACUCCUGAAGAAGGGGGCAAGCCCGGCCGUCCGCGAGCGAUGGGGCAAGAUAGCCAUGAGCGAGUGCCAUGGAAAGGUCAACGCUGAGGCCAUGGAACUUCUCAGGUCGUCAGUUACCCAGUACGAGGAGGGCGAGACCGAAUGGCAUCGCGUCGUCACGCAGCUGAAGUCCACCACCGCCCUCGAGAAGCUACAACGGUGCCCUGACGCCAACGUGAAGAGCAGCUACGGAGAAAGCCUGCUGUACCGCGCGGCCGACAAAGGCCGCACGGCCAUCCGUGAAAUCCUGCUCUUCAAACAGGCCGAGGUUGACAUCGCAGAAGCGGGCCGUGUGGACGUCGCCAAACCUCUUCUCACCUGGGGCGCGAACGUGGACCACAUCGACUACUACGGCAUGACGGCGCUACAUAGAGCCGCGCCGGGAGGGCGCAAGGCCGUCACGAAAUUACUUCUGCAGCAAAAAGCCGACUUCAAGAUCGAAGAUGGGAAGGGGUUCACGGCACCCCGCCUUGCCGCCAUGCGAGGGCAUCUGAGCGUCGUGAAGCUCAUUGUUGAGGAGGAUGGUGACGCCGCCACCGUCGUUGUGCGCCAAGCGGACACUCGCACGUCCUGCCUGCACGUCGCAGCCGAGCACAGACACGGUGGCAUUGUCCGCUGGCUCAUGAAGCUGGGCUGUCCACCCGACACGGAGGAGAGCGGCGGUUUCACGCCCCUCGGAUACGUAUCCAUUGUGUGCACCCUGCUGGACCACGGCGCGGACGUGCUGGGGAAGGGAGGGAUCAUGGGGCCCCUGUACAUGGCUAUCGACCACGGCCGUACGGAUGCCGACGCUGAAACGAGCACCCUGGUAGUGUGCCAGACGCUACUGGAGCGCGGGGCAGACGUUCACCAGUCGAGUCUUUUCGGUAGUACGCCCCUCGACGCGGCGGUGUCGUCGGGGUACCUCCACGUCGCGAAGCUGCUGCUGGACGCUGGCGCCGGCAGGCCGCGGCCGCAGGGGCCCGUGGCCAAGGCGGCUGGCAAGGGCGACACGGCCAUGGUACGACUGCUGCUGGACUCCGGGUUCACGGCGGACGACGUCAAUCCCCACUCCGGCAGCGCGGACACGGAGCUAUCGGCGGCGGCGGCGGCGGGUAGCCACGUGGACGUGCUGAAGCUGCUGCUGAGUCGCGGGGCGGACGUCAACGCUCUUCAAGGCGGCGGAGAAGGGUCAGCUGGAGGCAUUGAGGGUGCUGUUAGCGGCCGAGGAGACGGGGUCUGGAUCGCCACAUGGAGUCGUAUGGGGCGACGGUGA